UUCUCUUAUUUUAUUCAGAUGUAGUUUCAUGCUGGUUUGUUCGAGCGAAGCAGUUCUUGGAGUUAAUGGCCUGCCAGCUUUUAGAAAAAGAUCAGAAAAAGUUUGGGGUUUUUUUCUAAAUUAGAAUGAAAUUGAGGUUCUCAGUAUUUAGAAUAUGAUGGUAUGUUUGUACGAAUACAAAAAAUACUCAGAGGGCUUUUUAGUAACUUCAGGCUAUUUUAGGGAAUCGUUUUAAAUUAUUGGACAAACUGUAGAGACUUCCUACAAUUAGAUUGUUUGCCCAACUUCUUUUAUGACCAAUACAAAUGAGUUAAAUAAAAAAGACUACAAUGAAGCUCAAAUAAAAAAUAAACCAAAAAAGUUGACUUAAAGCUCUGUUUAUAUCUGCGGGAAAUGUGCAGUCACACAGAGUCGUUUCACAAAAGCAGCAUCUCACAAACAGCCCCUUCUCCGCUCCCUCCUCAAGCGCCCGGUCACUGUAGCGCCGGUUCUAAUAAAAGGUUUUGGACAGAAGCGUGGCGGCUGGAGGGAAGUUGCUUUGAGACCCUGAAAUACGAGCUUGGUCAGCAAGGCCUUGUCCAUAGGACUCACAUGUCCUCCUGCCGUGUGGAUAAACCCUCAGAGAUAGUAGACGUUGGAGACAAAGUGUGGGUGAAGCUUAUCGGAAAAGAGAUGAAAGAUGACAAGCUGAAGCUUUCCCUCUCCAUGAAGGUUGUUAACCAAGGCACGGGAAAAGAUCUCGAUCCAAACAAUGUUUCCCUUGAUCAGGAUGAGAGGAAAAAACGCACGUUCAGAGACUUUACUAGUCAGAAGAUCACGCUUGAAGCUGUCUUGAACACCGUGUGCAAGAAAUGCGGUUGCAAAGGUCAUUUUGCCAAGGAGUGUUUCGUGCAGCCUGGAGGUACCAAAUACAGCCUCAUCCCAGAAGAGGAGGAAGAGGAAGGGGCAGCAGCAGGAUGUGAAAGAGAGAAAAAGAGCAGCCUGGCUGACGAUUCUUCAAAAAAAAGGAAAAAGAACGAAAAUUCAUGAUAGCCAUUUGCACGGGAAGGUCUCUCUCUGAUGUUGGUGUGGCCAUGGAAGAAGUCGGUGGAUCCUUGUUGGAGGCCAGUGUUGCUGGGCUUGGACAGAAAGCUGGAGCUCUAUAUUAAGCAUAUGUGAAAUAUUAAAAUAAUUUUUAGGGGCCCUUUCAUCUGUCUGCUGCUUUCCUUUACUUCCCAGAACCAAGGGGUGUUGGAGAAAAUAUCUCAUUUUUUGCAUGACGAUCAUUUCUUUUCCAAAGCAUCUUCCUACAAAAUAUACCUGAAAAAAAAUCUUCCAUCUUGUUCUGAUGGUUGGUCUACAUGAUAAUUUUGUGGGUAUUCAGGGAAUGAGAAAGGUGAGUUGAGCUGGGAUCAGAUUUGGAUCUUGGCUUAUUUGUGCACAAAAGCCGACCAUGCCGGCUGAUGCCUUCUGAGCCACUUGUGUUUCCGGCACCACUCGGGUUGGCGCUGGUUGCCCAACUGCCUCCAACGCUGGCCCGCUUUGGCUGGAGGGCGGUGGUUUCCAGAGCUGUAAGGCUGCCCCAGCACUCGGAGGGCACGGCCGGCUCCCGAGAGCUGCGGUCAGCGUUUCUCCUCCUCCUCCUCCUUGCUGGAAGAGGCGUUAAGCAACAAGCAGAGUGAUGCCAGCACAGGCAGGUCAGCCACUCUCCUCCCGUACUGCUUUCUAAUUAAAUAUAUACAAAUUGCUGAACUGCCUCAUGAAAUUGUCUUUGUCUGCCUUGGGACGCUCUGCCCAAUGCGAUGCCAGGGGAAGCUGUACCGUGAUGCUGAUCUCCGAGUAAUCUCUGCUUGGUAGUGCCUGUCUCAAAAUUGAGGGUUUUUUUUUCUGUCAGAGUUCCUUACAAGCUUUAUUCCAGCACCGGCUGUUCUUAUGCUGCACGUAAACGUCAGGUCUUGAGCUCAGCAUAGCUGUUGCUUCAGGGCGUUGUGGAAUCGCGGCCCGGGGGGCUCCGUGCUGCCCCUGCGUGCGUGGGGGAGAGGGUGGGAAGCUGUGAGAGCGGGAGGGUGCGCAGUCUGCGUGGACAUUGUGCAAAGAGUUGCUGCCGGCAAAAGGGCACGUUGCUCAUCCCGGCUGCCCUCCAGGGACGGCUGCAAGAAACUCUGGCUGGCGUUGCUCAGGCUUUCCUGCAAGCAGAAGGGCGUGUUGUCAUUAGCACUCCAGCCAUCAGCGCUGGUUUGCUGGCAGUCUGUGGGCCGAUGAUGUUGUGGGGACGCGGGGAUGGUGACCAGCUGGCUAUUUUAGAAACCCGUUUCGUUGGCAAAAAGGCUUCAUCCUGCCAACCUCUAUUAAUAAAGAGUAGCCUUAAAUAAUGGAGUAGGCUCUGACCAUGGAGGGACGGCAAGAACUCUCUUCUUGUGAUCUGACCAACAGUUUUCAGGCUUGGAUUUACAUUUUGAUACCCCCCUGCUCUGACAGCUGCCCUACCCUGUGGACUGACAGCGGUGGUUCAAUCCUGACUCACUGGGGUGGAAGCUGAGUGCACUUUCCAUGUCGGAACAGGCUCGCCCCUGUCACAGCUUGUAACACACUCAUUACAGAAAGUGUCUCGCUGCCCUGGUGAGCACAAGUGACAGUUUUGUCAUGUGCAAGGUUUUUUAAUUUAUUUUCCUUCAU